AUGUCCCCUCCUCGAUAUGCCCCGGCGCAGGUCAGCCUGCCUCGCCUGUUGCCCAGCGUCACCUCCUUUAUUACCUUCAUCCUGGGUAUGCUUCUCAUUUUCGCUGGCACGCAGCGCAAGUUCUUGCCUCAAGCAGAUCUACUCACCUUGAAUCUGCCUGACACCGAUCUCCCGGACGGAGUCCCCGAUUUCUUCAAGGUGUACCUCCUCUCCUAUUGUCAGGGAACCAACGAGGAGUGCGUGACAGAAGAUACCAACACGACCAGCAUCGUGACUAAACUGAUCGACUGCUCGGACCGCGAUCUUCUCUUCACCUUCAAUCCGGGGGACGCCAUCGCCUCGGCGCUGGGUCUCGGGCCGGAUGAUCCUCUCCCAUCAGGUCUGGACUGGCCCGGCUGGAUCGACGACGACUUCGACACACUGGGUACGACCGGUCAGGCCAUGUCGGUACUCUACGUGAUCGGGACGACGGGUGCAGGCGUGUCCAUCGCGGUGAGUCUGUGGACGAUGUGGAGCGCCUCGCCUCUCUCGCCGCCGUCGACGAUCCAAUUCCUCGUGCUGUUGACGAGCAUGAUGAGUCUAGGCAUCGCGACCAUCAUCGCGAACGUCAUCUCCGCGCAGUUCGUCAGCCUGAUUGAUAAAUCGGGACAAGAUGAGGGCAUCUCAGCGGACCACGGCGAGGCCUUUCUGGCACUCUCCUGGGCGGCAAUGGGCUUCCAGACACUGGGCACGGUGGCCAGUCUCAUCUCCAUCCUGGUUUAUCGCGCCAAACAUUGUCGAUGUGACUGGGACGAGGGAUCGCCGGCAUCUCCGGACCUGGGGGAGCAUAAGCCAUUGGUGGAAGGAUAA